GGUGCAAUACGAUGAUUGGGUCAACGGUAGAUUACCAUCCAUAUUUUGUGUUUGUGUGGGCAAGAGCUGACGGUCAGGGAACAUCCACUGUGUGUGGUUGCCAGUGGGUGGAUAGUGAUACCCCACGUCUAUGUAACAUUGUGCAACGUUUCGAUGCUGAAUGUAGCCCCCAGUCGGUGACGUGGCAGCGUCAUUCAGGAAGUGUUUGCCAGCCGAAUAGCUGCUUCACAUAAACUUUUGCGAUGGCUUGGAAGUCAAGGACCCGCAGUCUACAGGUGUUCGACACAGAGCUGAGUGCCGACACAGUGGAGUGGUGCCCCAUCCCACAGUGGCACAACAUACUGGCAUGUGGAACAUAUCAACUGCAGAAAGGGCCAGAUGCGGGACCAGAGGACGCGGCUACUCGGAUUGGCCGACUGUACCUGUUCAAGUUUCGUCAACAAGGACCUAUGUGUCCGCCCCUCAGUGAGCUGCAGCGGAUUGACACACCAGCCAUAUUAGAUAUAAAAUGGUGUCAUGUGCCAGUGUCAGAGAGGCCUCUGUUGGGCAUGGCUACAGCCAGUGGGGAGCUACAGCUGCACAGACUCAUAGACAGUCAGGAAGGCCGGUGUGCUCUGCAGACUGUGACCAGUUUGGGUCUGGGACCUGAUAAGUUGGCUCUGUCAUUAGACUGGUCCACUGGAAGAGGUAACAGCAGUGACGUGCGUGUGGUGUCCAGUGACUCUGCAGGCUGUGUCAACGUCUUGUCCCUGGGGGAGAACAGUCUCACUGCCGUGUCACAGUGGAAGGCCCACGACUUUGAAGCCUGGAUCUCAGCAUUCUCAUACUGGGAUACUCAGCUUGUCUACUCCGGCGGGGAUGACUGCAAACUUAAGGGAUGGGAUCUUAGGAUGGGUCCCUCUUCCCCCACAUUCACCAGCAGGAGGCACUCGAUGGGUGUAUGCAGUGUACACAGUAGCCCACAUCGGGAGCGCAUUCUAGCCACAGGCAGCUAUGACGAGCAGGUGCUUCUGUGGGACGAGAGGAACAUGCGUCAGCCUCUCAGUGAGAGUGCUCUGGGUGGCGGAGUGUGGAGACUGAAGUGGCAUCCUACCCAUGAGCACUUGCUGUUGGCUGCCUGCAUGCACAACGACUUCCACAUCCUUCACUGCCAGCAAGCUCUGGAGGGCAGCGGAGGAGCGUGUUCUGUCCUAGCCUCCUAUAUCCUCCACAAUUCCCUGGCCUAUGGGGCUGACUGGUCCCAGCUUUCCCUGGGGGAGCCUCCCCCAUGCUCCCCUCUGGAGGCCACAGAGCCAAGACAGUCCCAAACAGAGAGCCGUACAGGAGGACACCUAAGGAUUCAGUAUGAAUCUCCCACUGCCAGCUUCGACACCUCCUUGGAGGAUGACACAGGACGUUACAUACCUGAGAGUUUAUCCCCGUCAUCUGCUAGCUCUGUGGCAGGCCCACCCGACUGUCCUAACCCUGCCGUGGACAGCCCUGCAGUGUCCUGCCUGAUGGCCAGCUGCUCCUUCUAUGACCACAUGCUUCAUGUGUGGCGCUGGGACUGGACCCCACAGGAGGCAGGCUGCACUGGGACGGCCCAGGGGGAGGGAGAAAGAAGGGCUGUGGGUGAAGGAGAUGGUGGCCAGGCAGGAGCACCAGCAAAGUAUGCAAAGUGCACUACACAUAGGGAAUAGGGUGCCGAUUGGAAUGCUGCCGAGGUUUGGAGACAUGUUUUUACUUAUUGGUCAACCCCAUUAAAUCAGGAGGCAAAGACGUGAAGAAUGCAUAUGAUAUCUCAACAUAGCGGUCUCUCACUACUACUAGAGGAAUAUUCACCUUCAAACAAAAACCACAAAUAACUUAUUUUUUAAAUUUUUCGAAUGUCAAUUGUUGCAAAAAAUCUCAAAUGUUUACCUUUCUGUAAACAUUAUGGUUUCGUUCCAGUACUGCAUACAUGAUGCGAAAGCACCUGGCAUUUAUUCAACCUUUCUUGGAUAAAAUAGGCCUACUUUGAAUCACUUGCAGAUAUCUGAACUGUUUAUGAUUGUGCAGAUCAAUAUCAUUCCACCCUGAUUAGUAAUGUAUUUAAUGAAAAACCAACACCUUUUAGGUCAGUAUACCUAUUGGAUCUUAAAGAUUCCCUGAUAAGUGGGUCAUGGAUUUGUUACAAUCCAGGAAAAACAUUUGUUUAAUCCACUUGUACAAUUUGUUCUUUCAUGUGUAUACCUUUUUGAGUAAUACAUUUUCUGUGUUUGAA